AUGAACGUCCCACCUGUACCUGAAGGUCGCCGCCCCCCCGGUAGUCCGCCUAUAAGGGCCUACAACGCACGGGUUCUCUACUCCACUAGUCUCGAACAAGCUGAAAAGGGCUACGAGCUCUUUGUCGGUAUCCGUUCUCUUGUCCCCGGUCCUUCAGCUGCUCGCCCUCCCACCGCCGUUCCUGCAGUGGAUCGUCCUCCCACCGGUGUUCCUAUAGCGGACCGCCCUCCCACCGCUGUUCCUGCAGUUAAUCGUCUUCCCAAUGCCGUUCCUGAAUUUGUUCGCUCCCUCGGCCCAAGUCCUGAAAUCACUCGUAUCCUCGCUGCCGGUGCCGCCGCUAAGGAGAUACCCUCGUCCCAGAAAACAGAAGAUGGCAUAUCCACCACAUCAUCCAAGGCUACCGACCAUGCUAGUAACACCAAUCUAGAGCCCAAUACCGAAGAAUCGGAUGACACCUCUUCUGACACCUCCGACCAAAGCAGUCGCGGCAAACCACCGGGCCCAUUAUCAAUUCCCGGAAGCCCAGGUUAUACCUCUACCACUUGCUCAUCCAUCCCCUCCCACCUAAGCUACGUUGAACCACCGUUCUCUGAGGCCGCAAGUGACGUGCCCGACGACAUUUCAGAGUGGAGCGACAGCUCACCAGUGAAGGAAUCUCAGGCAGAGGGGGAUGAUUAUGGCUGGUCUAAUAUCUUCACCGGCACGCCGGAGGAGAGGAGGUUGCUGAUGCAGCAGCUGAAUGAUUUGUGUGAUCGGGCGGAGAGAGAAGACGCGCAGGAAUCGGAUCAUGAAAGGCUAGGCGAUUAUCAACAGACCUCUGCCGCUGAGGUCUCAGAUAUGGUUAUACGGGCCCUCUGCAGUCAGUGGAUCAGGAUCCGUAGUGGUCUUAACGGCCGCCAGGAACGAAUAAAGAGGCUUGUUGAAUACCUGCGCGAUUUCCGCACCUGCUUCGCGUGGACCGAGAAGGAAUACGCAAAACUAAAGUUCAUGAUCCAGAAAUUCGAGCUCGAGUGCGAAGACUCUCUUCUCUUCCCUCCCAAGCGUAGACGUCGACACCAGCUCACCACUCAUGGGAGUCCUGUUGGCAGUUAUGAUGCCGAUCAUGGCUUCCCUAUACAACCGCCUGCUCAACCUGCGGCCUGCCCUAAAUGCAACCGCCUAUGCCAAUUGCCCUUGGGCGCCGGCGUGGUCAAUAGAUGUCUACCAUGUGAGCUCAACCUGGACCGCCAAUCUGGUAAACCAGUAUCGCAGCGGAAUGUGACUACCCGUUAUCAGAAGUUCCGGGGGUGUCCGUAUAGCUAUCCGGAAGAGAAGGAGCGAGGAAGAAAAAAUAAGUCGCGGCUUUAUCGCAAACGUGAGAAACCAUUUUAUGAGUAUCGAGCCGCUGACAGAGAGGAGAAAAUACCGAAGAUGGAGGCACAUUUAUUCUACGGUAAAAAGAGAAAGCGGGAAGGACAAACAAAGCGUGUUGCUAAGAGGGCACGCUUGGAGUGA